AUGUCGAAACUACAUAAUCUCUCACAGACGAUUCAUGCUACUCUCCUCUCACCACCUACACAGUUCCUCCUUGUAUCGACCGUUGUUAACGAACAAUGGUGUAUUAGCUUGUUUAAUACGUCCAAAUCAGAUAACGCAAGAGUGUGGAUAUCGUGUCAGUCAUUAGGUGAAGUGGAAGACGAAGAUGAUGUGGUGGAAGCUAUCAAAGAAGGAUUGUUACAUGUUGAUUGUGGUUCACGUAGAAAAGUGGAUCUAGAGAGUAUAGCGGAUAUCACACUUCAUAUUCUUGUGAAACCUCAGCCCUUGCUCAUCACGUUGACGAAAGGAAAAACGGAGGAUCAUAUCGGUCAAUUAAUAGGGGUAGCGUAUCAGCUAUUGGCACGGCCUGAACCCAGACAGAAUGGUACAUCUGAUCUCAAAGAGCUGAAAGUACUGCUAUUUCAAAAAGAUGCUGAAAUAGCGAAUCUCAAUUCUAAAUUAUCGAGUCUGAAAGCAACGGUAGUGAGAGCUACUGCAUCUGACAACAAGAAAAAAGUGCAACAAUCCCCUCAAAAAGCGAAACCACUGCCAGGUGCAAGUCAACUACAACCUAAUCAGAAGAGGAGGAAGAUCGUGGAAGAUGAAUUUGCUGGUAGUAGUGAUGAUGACGAGGAGGAUUGA